UAGCUUCUAAAAUGUAAGUAGUUAUAUCUAGCUGUCCGGGAACACAUUUGGAUAAAAUGGCUUGUCCUGCACUUUGUAAAAACCCAGAGUGCGUGUUGGAAAAAGAUCUUGGUUCCUUUCUAAACAUAGCAAUGUGAAUGCAAAGAGGACUUGGCCCACAAAUAGGUGACGUGAACUGGCAAAAGAUUUGAGUCCUCAUUGAAAGGUCGGUUGUUACUGUCUUCGGAGGGUGAUUGGGCAGAGUGGACGUCUAGUAACCCAAAUGUUGCGUAUCUGAAUGUCAUCACGAGCAACAUUAGCAUUUUAGCUAAUUAGCAACUUUGCAACUACUUAGUAUGUUAGGUUAAAUUGUUAAGGUUAGCUAACCAUACGAAUUCUAAUACCUAACAUAUAAUAAAUGGAUAAUGGACAUCCACAAAUUAAUACAUACCAUACAUAAGGUAAGGCUUUUUGUUUACUAUGUUACGUCUACCCCCUGAGUCCAGGUUGCUAUUCAGGAGUGUGGGUGCUGGUACAAUCUCGUAGAGCUCGGGGAACGCAUCGAAUAUGAAUUGGAAACUUUUUAUGGUUGAAUUUGAUGACUAAUUUAACAACAUCCAAUGGAUAAAGAAACCAUGUCCACCAAUUUUGGUCUAUCAAGAACUUUGAAAAGGACAGGCAGUUUGUCUUCGAGAACGGUCAGGAUAGUGAUAUUGGGCCAAGCGGCUGUUGGCAAAACUGCAAUGGCUGUGCGCUUUAUCACUAGAAGAUUCAUUGGCGAGUAUGACCCAACGCUCGAGACCAUAUACAGACAUGAGAUGUCUAUUGGUGGUGAUGUGGUACACUUUGAAAUACUGGACACAGCAGGGCAGGAGGAAGAUGCCCUGCUGAUCGAAGAGAAGAUAAAGUGGGGAGAUGGAUUUGUGAUUGUGUACUCUGUAACAGACAGGUGUAGCUUUGACGAGGUCAUGCGCCUCUGUUUCCUCGUCAAUCACAUCCACUCCUCUUCAGGCGCCCGCAAGUGCAGCCCUGAGCCUCCUCCCAUAGUUAUUGUGGCCAACAAGAAGGACCUUGAGUUUGACCGAAUGGUGAGUACUGAGGAUGGAGAAGGCCUGUCACAGGGUCUAAAACUGCCCUUCCACGAGAUUUCAGUGCGUGACGGAUGGGAAGAGACAGCGGCCGUCUUUAGUGUUCUUUAUGGAGAUGUGAUCCAGCAACUUGACACUUCCCCAGCCUCAUUUCGCAGGAGAGCAGUCUCCAAGCUGAUGGAGAAGAUCCCCAGGAUCAACUCCAAUCCUCCUGGCCCCUCUGGCCGCAGCUUCAGCUUCAGCUCAUUCAGGGACUUCCUGCCUGACUGAGCCGGAUGGGUUGGGGCUCUGAACAGCGUCUGUGAUUUGGGUAUUCACAGGGGGAAAGUGAAACAUGUUGUUUUGGCAGCGUGCCUCUCUAGAAUAGCUGUGUUAGUGCUCUAUGGAAAGUGAUACACUUGGACACCUGGAUACCUGGAUAAGAGACUUGGACACAUUCGAUCGGAAGAUGGACCUAGCAACUACUGUAGAAUGUAAUUCUAUAAAUAUUUGUGGGGAUAAGAUUAAAAUCAAGCGUAAUAAGAGUAUUACAAUUCUGUUUGUAUUUUGAUGAGACAUGAACAACAAACUAAAUAUCAAAAACAUCUAGUAAUAAAAUGUAAAUAUUUGUUACAGUAUCAUGAGAAUAAAAUGAACAUUCUGCA